UGACAUCACUCGAACCCGAACAUAAACUAGAUGCGGGUCAGCGCGUGCACCCAUGGCAUGCGACUCCUUCCCGAACUGCUUCUGUUCUUGAUCUGUGCAGCUACGCUAAUCUUGUGUCUUAUCGAAUGAUAUGCAUCGUUAGAAACUGUCUGCACAUGCAUCGCUUGCUUCGGCUACAGUUGGCAUACCUCAAUGUCGUCCCCUGUUCAAAAGCCAUCCUGAUGCGCCACUUUUAUCUCACAACCUUUCAACAUUUAGAUCGUCUCGGCGCGACAUAAAUUAAGGGCUGCUACAUCCAUCUGACUCUCCCUGAUUAUCGAGCUAGGGUCCUCAAGCAGAAUGUUCCAUUCUCAGAGUAGGCCGAGGGUACGCCGGCAUCAUACUGAUUCGAGACUGUGUUGCGUACCACCCGGCGACUCGAAAUUGAUCCCUGACCUUCUCCGCGAGCGGUAUCUAGGGAGAGCAGCUGAUGCAGUGACGGCCCAUCGCAGCUGCACACUGGACAUACUCGUCUACCUCAGGGCCAACACACCUUGUCUGCUUCGAUCGGCAAUGCACCUCAAUCUUGCUUCAUCAUUCUGCUGCACGCGCAUCCCAUAGGCUAAUAAAGGCGUUGUCGGCGUUGGCGCAUGCUGAGGGCAUAUAAAGCCAGAUGUUCGUUCGGUUGACUUCGUUCCUUGUACUUCUCACAUCUGCAUCUUUGUCCUUUGGCUUCGACAAUUCUCGCAACGAUAGUACUGGGGGCAGAACUCCUAUGGCGCUACCCAUACCAGUGACACCGCUAACUGGCAGCAGAAGCUGGCGUUUUACUGCCAG